AGUACUAAUCUUUUCUUCCCGUAAAUAUACAUGUUUUGCUCGAACGCCAAAUCGACAGUAAUUCCAUCAGAUACGACGCUGGCCAGCGAUACGUAGAGGUAGAGCUUAUGGCAUAACUGCAUAACACUCACACUGUAUCGCGCCGCCUAACGUGGCCUCGCGAGCUCAAGCCAGAGACAGAUCCAUAUCUAUCCGUCCGCCGACGAUUGCAGUUUUACAAGGUCCAAUCAAUCAUCGGAUCUUAUUUUCUGACUAGAUAGUCAUGACUACGAUAGGUGGUUUGCACAAUGAUGCAAUUCACGAUGCGGUUCUAGAUUACUACGGCAAGCGUCUGGCGACGUGCUCUUCUGAUGGAACUAUCAAGAUCUUUGAAAUCGAGGGUGAUUCUCACAAGCUUGUCGCGACUCUAACGGGACAUGAGGGACCAGUAUGGCAAGUCAGUUGGGCGCACCCCAAAUUCGGCGUUAUUCUCGCGUCGAGCUCGUUCGAUGGCAAAGUGAUUAUCUGGCGUGAAGACCAGACGACCAAGACAUGGAGCAACAUCGCGACGCACUCAGUCCACACCGAAUCCGUCAACAGCGUGCAAUGGUCGCCUCCCGAUAUUGGUGCGGUCCUUGUGUGCGGUUCGUCUGACGGAAGUGUAUCGGUCGUUGAGUUCAACGACGACGGAAACACGACCGCGAUCUCUGUCCCUGCGCACGCGGGAGCCGUCUACGCGGCCGUGUGGGCGACUAACAGCGGCUCCUUGCGACGGUUUGCAAGCGCUGGCUCGGAUUCGCUGAUAAAGAUCUGGAGCCUCGAUUCCGCCACAAACACAUACACCUCCGAGGUCGUGCUCGAGGGACACUCUGACUGGGUCCGCGACCUUGCUUGGGCGCCCUCCGUUCUGCCAAAGUCGUAUCUCGCGAGCGCGUCCGAGGACCGCACAGUUCUUAUAUGGACGCAGGACCGGAGCGAUGGACCCUGGAAGAAGACUGUGCUCUCUUCAGAGCCAUUCCCUGACACAGUGUGGAGAGUGAGCUGGUCCCUUUCCGGAAACGUUCUAGCAGUCAGCUGCGGAGACAACAAGAUCACGCUCUGGAAGGAGAACUUGAAGGGCGGAUGGGAGCAGUGCGGUGGCAUUGAUGAGUAGAGAGAGGUUGGGGGUUUGCUCGGGAUUGGUAUAUGCCAUGAGCAGCAUUGGCGGAGAUGU